AUGCUCAAAAACAACGUCAAAUUAGAAUAUGAUACAACGUUGGCAUCCCAAUUAUUAGAUAGUAUUGAUGCUCAUUUAAACGAGUCUAAUAAUCAUUCAUUAUCGUUAUUAUUACAUCGAAAUAAUAAUAAUAUUCAAAUGGAACAUGUCAUGUCUGUUGAUCGUUCAGAUGACAGCGAUAAUUCAAGUUCAAAAAUUGAAUUGGACGAUGAUGAUAAUGGUGAACUUUGGUUAAGUGGUCAUCGUAGCAUAUUUUCAUCAUAUGGAGAUCAUAUUGAAGUGCGAAAAACGCCUAUUGUUCGUGAACGACCUGCUAAAUAUUUGACCGACAGUUUAUUACAACAAUUACCGUCAAAGAAUGGAGGAGUGUCAAACAGUGUCUACGAAGGAUUUCAUUGGGAUUUGUAUGAUGCUGAACACAUGUAUCAUUUAGCAUUUGAUCAACAACGAAUAACGCCAGAUGAGGUGAAUAGUAAUGGAGACAGUGAUAAUAGUAAAACUGGUCAAAGUCAAAGUCUAAGUGAUUGGUCAAUGAGACUGAGUUCAACGCAUCAUACUCAUGAUACUGGAGAAGAUACUGGGGAUGAAGCAUCGUCAUCAUCGAUCACGGGAAUUACUCAGAAAAUAAUACCAGAUAAUAGCACAACACGAACAUCAUGGCAUCAAAUGAAAGAAAGAAGUACGAGGAAAAAUAAAUCAUCGAUAAACAGUUCAACAACAACUGAUGAUGAUGAAAAACGUGAGAAUAGUCCACUGACACUUUAUCGACUAUUUCAACGUACAAGAUCUCAGCAACCUCAUAAACUUUAUCAAAAUUUUAGUGAUAAAAGUGUAUGUGAUUCAUUAUCAUCCACAGCAUCGUCAAUUCAACAUCCAACAGUAUUUCCAUGUGUAAAACUUUCUAGUCCGACAACGUUUUCAAAAUUAAAAUUAAACGGAACAGUUGAUAAUGGCAAUAUAUUAUCAUCUUUGGCAGUAUCUAAUGAUAUUGCAUUAACAAAGAAUAAAAAGUCAUCACUAGAAUCAAAUAAGCGAAAGUCAACAAGUGAAAAAAUAGCGUGUGAUCAAUCAACUCAAUUUCCUCUGUACAGAAAUGAUCAAUCAAUCCAAACAUCAUUGAACAACGAUUCUAAAACAUACUUUAUGCACUAUUGUCGUACGAAUAAAUGUUCGCAAACCGAACGAAAUCAAUCACUACAUACAAAUAGAUAUUCCCUACCAACUAAUCUUUGUUAUGGCAAUGAUGGACAUCUUCAAUCAAAAUUAUUACUUUUAUCUCGUUCAAAAAGUUUACCAAAAUUUGCUGUUGAUAACACAAAAUUUUCUAGUCAAAAUCAUCAAUUUUUACCCAAAAAUGUUAAAUCAUUACCAAAUCUUGAUUUUUUGAAUACUUAUGACUCGACAACAUUUAAUCAAAUAAGAUCAUCGUCAUCAAAUGAAUGUAUAAAAAAGACGAUAAAUAAUUAUGAUGAUCUUAAUUCUAAAAAGACAAAAACAGUAUUCUAUUGUAUUAAUACGAACAGUAAUCGCUCAAUACCGUUUCAUUCACAAUUUUAUCAUAAACCACGAACACUAAAAGAAAUAAAACGAAUUAAAAAUGUAAAAACCGUAUAUCAAAAACUCACUAGUCCAACAGCAACAUUACCGUCACCAAGUUUUACAUCACCAUUAAGUCCAAUUAUUAACAAGUGUGAAGAAGAAGAAGAAGCUUCGUUAAGUGGAUAUUCUCAACAGUCGACAAGCAGCAAUAAUAGUACAUCAAGUAGUGGAUAUUUUAGUAAUGCUGAACGUCAACAACAACAGCAACCGAUAACUACCACUGCACCCACAACAAUAGCAAAAGAAUUUCAUACACCACAUUUAAAAUCAUGUUUGAAACGAGCAAAAACUGAAGAUCUAACAGUAGCAUUAACACCAAUAAUUGCCUGUGGGGGAUCAGAUGUAUUGGCUGGUGGUGUCGCAGGAGAUAUAUUUACAUUGGCUGCUAUAUCACGUAUUGGAUGGAAAAAUACAACAACAAACACAAAUUUAAGUCGUCAACGUCGCUAUUCAGCACCCACUUAUUCAUCACUGACUAAUUUAUCAAAUCAAAUAAACGUACAAUUGCGUACAAGAAGAAAUGGGACAUUAUCCGAACACGAUCUUCGAACGAAAAAAAGUGUGAGCUUCUGUGAAAACAUAAUCAAAAGAGUAAUUACACCUUCAGCUAGUCCAAAACAUCGGCCAUUAAUGACAGUAACAAAUCAUUCCAUAACUAAAAAAUAUACGAACGAUACAUAUGAAAUCGAUUUGCUUCCAGCCGAAAGUUUUACCGACAGUCCACCAAGUGAAUUUAAUUUGUCGGCUGAGGAGGAAGAUGAAACACAAAAACCAAUGAACUAUAUCGAAUCGAAAACAAAUAUACUCCAGAACAACACUACAAAUGUAACAAGAGCAAAGAAAAAUUCAAAAUCUUCUAUCGACAUAGCUCUUGUCAAAGCGUUUGCUAAUACUGUUCUUCGUAUACUUGAGAUCAAAUGUGGUGAUCAGUCAUAUUACUUGAAUAACAAUAGUAAUCAAGAUCUUGAUCGAACAUUGCGAAAUGAAUUUUGUCCACAACUUCGUGAAGUGUUAGAAGACGGUUUAAAACAGCAUGCUGGCUCAUUAUUUUCCAAAAAGAUAACAUUAUGGCGGAUUAUUGAUUUGGCCACACCACAAACUCCACAAACACGACCCUAUUAUGAAGCGAAAAUCAAAGCACAAUAUCUUCAAGGUAGUUCAAUAGAUUGGACAGAUAAAUUCAAUGCAUUCAUAUUUAGUCUAUUAAAUUUUCAUGAAUUAACGAACUGGCUGAAUCAUUUUAUCCAACAGCAUGAAUUACUCAUGACUUAUUAUGAAUCGUCGGCAUUCGUUCUCGUUUAUAACGAGAACAAUGACAUAUUUGAAUGCUUGACAAAUCAAUUAGAAAAACUAUCUCCAUUACCAUUUCGUUUAAAAUAUUCGAUUUUAAAUCCUCACGUAUUAACGCAUUAUUCACCAACAUCCUCGACAUCUUCAUCAUCCACAAACACAACAAAUGAUAAAAUUCAUCGAUCUGCACAACAAAAACAUAAUCCUACUACUAUUCCUACUACUAAAACUCAUAUACAAUCACCAUCUGUGCCUCUCACACGUCCUACAUCAUUGUUACCGAAGCGUUUCAAUGUUCGGGCGUGGCUUAGAGAUCGAAAAAAUAUUCAAGGAAAAGUUUCACCAAAAGAACAUCAACAAUUCGUACGCCCUAUUCAACAACAACAACAACAGCAGCAGGGUGGGCACACAAAUACAGACAGUAACAAACAAAACACAAAGCCCGUAGCUAUUCAGAAAUGUUCUGUACCAACAUUAAAUGGACAACAUUUAUUAACAAAAAGAAAACAGAUUGUAGUAUUACAACAAUGA